AUGGCAAUGGAAGCUACACAGACAGGGACACUCGUUCUUGAAUCCCAAGCGAUUCUCUGGUGGCCAUGGACCACGGAGGAGUAUCAAAGCACCGCGACGAGGUUUAAUGAAUUAGCCGAACGUGAAGGAACUACCGUUGAGGUCGUGCCUUUUGGCACCCCUCCUAUGGCCUUCUCUUCCCUUCUUCCCAAUGUCUACGGCUUGUAUAUCCGUGUGUGGGCCGUCAACAACGCAGCUGCAUCCGACAACCACGUAGAUUCGCCCCAAGACGACGUUCUCUCCGGUUUCAGGACACGUCUCUGCGACGAAACCGAUCAAGAAGACGAAGAAGUUUGUUGCAUAUGCCUCGAUGAUCUGUACCGGGGAUCGGUGACUACUUUGGAGUGCGGCCACGAGUUUCAUCCUGACUGCAUAAGGCGGUGGCUCGUCCGCGGCCAGAACUUCUGCCCCCUCUGCAAAGCUCCCACAAUCCGGUGA